AUGAAGAAAUCAACAGAAACCGCAGCAGCAAGUGGAAACAAGAGGAGAAAGAUGAACAACAACAAUAAGGAGCAGGACCCAAUUGGAAGCAGUGAUUUCUCGGAGCUGGAAAUGGACGCAGCGGAGCAACUCAUACAACUGAGCGGAUCAAUAUCAGACAACAAUGACGCUACAGAAGAAAGCGAUGGCAAAACUGUUCAUCAUGGUGAUCAUGAUCAGGUAUGUUCCUCAAAAUACAGAACAACAAGAUUUGCAGAUGAGGUGGAAGAUGAUGAUGGUGAUGACGUACUAGCAAGUUUGGGGCCGAGCAGGAAGAAAGGAAGAUAUCGCUCGAUUUCCGAGCUAUACGAGUUGACGAAGCCUCUUAAUAAUCUUGUUAAUGUUAUAAAUUAUAAGAGGAAAAUGAGGGCAAAUUGA